CAAACCAUAGCCACCACCGCCACCGCCACCGCCGCCGCUACCAUGGCCCUCACCACCACCAAGUCCAAGAGACCCGUUUGCUCCAUCCAAUCCAGCUUAGCCACCACCCUGUUCUUCGUCGUCCUCUUCACCAUCCCAGCCCUCCUCCUCCUCCACACCCCUCCGGUCACCAUCUGCAACUCCACCUCCACCACCACCACCACUUUCUCCGGUGACCUUCGCUCAGCUGAAUUCUCAUGGAAUCACCUCAGCUUUUCCCAUCAAAUCCCUCCACCAGUUUCCCUCAAGGUGGCUGUCUUCACUCGGAAAUGGCCGGUUGGGACGACGCCCGGCGGCAUGGAGCGGCACGCAUACACGUUGUACACGGCUUUAGCCGCUCGAGGCCACGAGAUCCAUAUCUUCACUUCCCCUCCUAACGAAGAUGUCAGCUUGAUCAACAUGAAAACCACCAAAUCCCCAAUCGUGCAUUUUCACGAGGGCGCCGAGCCCGGGCAAUGGCGGUACAACAAGGCGUGGGAACAAUACGAGGAGGAGAACAACCGUCGCCCGUUUGACGUGAUCCACACUGAGAGCGUGGCAUUACCGCAUUAUAAAGCUCGUAAUAUCCCGAACCUUGCCGUCUCGUGGCACGGAAUUGCGUUAGAAAGCGUUUCAUCGAGCAUCUACCAGGAUUUGUUACGGCGGCCCGACGAGCCAAUCUCUCCAUCGUUCAACAAAAGCUUACAAGUCAUGAUCCCAAAAGUCUUGAAUGAGAUUCGGUUCUUCAGAAACUACCAACACCACAUCGCGAUAAGCGAUAGUUGCGGCGAAAUGCUCCGAGACGUCUACCAAAUCCCGAGUAAACGAGUUCACGUGAUCGUUAACGGCGUCAACGAACACGAUUUUCGAGAAGAUCCCGAAUCAGGGAAGAAAUUUAGAUCCAAAAUUGGUGUACCCCAAAAUGCUAGCUUGCUAUUAGGAGUGGCUGGGAGACUUGUGAAAGAUAAAGGCCACCCACUGCUCUAUGAAGCCUUUGCAAAGCUUAUAGAAAACCACACAAAUGUGUAUUUGGUGGUGGCUGGGGCUGGACCAUGGCAACAAAGGUACAUGGAGCUAGGACCCCAGGUCAAAGUCCUGGGGUCCAUGAACCCGUCCGAGCUUCGCGGGUUCUACAACGGGAUCGACAUUUUUGUGAAUCCGACGCUCAGGCCGCAGGGGCUCGACCUAACGCUUAUGGAAGCGAUGAUGGCUGGGAAGCCUGUGAUGGCAUCCAGGUUUCCCAGCAUCAAAGGGACGAUUCUGGUUGAUGAUGAGUUUGGUUUUAUGUUUUCACCGAACGUGGAGUCAUUGGUGGAGACGUUGGAGAGCGUGGUGGCCGAGGGUCCGAAGAGGCUUCUCGAGAGGGGGAAGGCUUGCCGGAGAUUCGCGACCUCCAUGUUUACGGCUCGGAAAAUGGCGUUAGCGUACGAGAGGCUAUUUCUUUGUAUAAAGAACGACACAUUUUGUAUUUAUCCAUAG